UCUCGUCCACAGUUCAGUUCAGUUCCGAAAGCAGGAGAGAUGUGGGCUGAUCUUAAGAUAAAAGCUGCAAACGGUUCUGUACAUUCCCUCCAUGAGCGGGAAGCACUUGCUCUGACAACUAUCCCACCUCCGUCGAGAAUGGAAGCUAAUGUUGUGAUGCUGGGAGCAGACAACGUUGGAAAAUCUGCUUUAACUGUUCGGUUUUUAACAAGACGAUUCAUUGGUGAAUAUGGAGACAUAGAAUCAGUCUACAAUCACAAUGUUACUGUUGCUGGGAGGCACGUCGCCUUCAAUAUUUGGGAUUCACCAUUUGCUCAGGAUCGACUGAAUAGUAGCUGUGGAAAGGAGAAACAGAUCCAGUGGGCAGAUGGUUUUGUGUUGGUCUACAGUAUCUGUGACCGGGCCAGCUUUAACAUAGUCCGGCAGCAGAUCCAACUCAUCAAGUCAAUGAAAGAUUACCCUAGCACCGAGCGAGCUCCCAUCAUCAUCGUGGGUAACAAGCGGGACCUGUGUCACUGUCGAACCGUCUCCAGUGAAGAGGGGAGACUCUUGGCUCUGGCAACCCACUGUGGCUUUUGCGAGAUCUCCACUGCGGAGACCUACCAUGGCGUGCUGGUGGCCUUCCAUAGCCUGGUGGACAGAAUCAAGGAGUCCAAGAUGCUGACUGUCAGGAAACCAGCCGGGAUCAAGGGCAUUGUCCGGAGUAUGUCUGCUGUGUUCACAAGAAGGAGAACAGAUUCCUUGUGAACAUGCCUGCAUAUCCACUGCUCAGCACUGCUUAUUUAGCACGGACUCUUGCCUCAAUACAUUGUAUUCUUAGUCGCAAGGUUUACAUCAAAGGUCACGGCUUAUUGUCAUUUUUGGGAUUUUUAAAAGUCCUUUUCUCCUCUCUCACAGUUUGUGGGGACUGGUGGAGCUAAAUGUCAGGCUGCACCUAACAUGGGAGCCUCACUGAUAAACGUGGCUGAUUCUCCAUGUUAAAUGUGGCAUAUUUGGCCAAUGUAGUCUAUCUUCCGCACCCAUUCACACAUUAUACAAUGGAUGGAGACCAAGCACAGGUACCAGCGCUGAUUCUCCUCUCCCCGUGGCUCUAAACUGCCUGUAGAUUCAGAAUUAGGGAUGAAAUCUGAUACCUAUUCUACUAGAUGAGCAUUUACCCAACAAACUGCAGAAGAUUAUCCCAAAGGUUUAGUUCUAAAAGACUAGCCCAUUUUCCCUGGACUUUGAUGAACUGUUGGAUACAGACACACUUAAGCACAGGAUUGGCGAUCGUUACGCUGAACACCUCCGAUCAGUCCGCCUUAACCUACCUGAUAUUCACGCACCUCCUCCAACCUCAUCUACUAUAUCCACUGUUCCAGGUGUCAACUUCUGUCCAUCGGCGAGGCCAAGCGCAGGGUCGCCGAUUGUUUCAUUCAACACCUCUGCUCAGUCUGCCUAAACCUACCUGAUCUCCCGGUGGCUCAGCACUUUAACUCCCCCUCCCAUUCCCAAUCUGACAUUUCUGUCCUGGGCCUCCUCCAUUGUCAGAGUGAGGCCCAGCGCAAAAUAGAGGAACAGCAACCUCAUAUUUUGCUUGAGUAGCUUAAUCUCCAGCAGGUGUGAACAUUGACUUCUCUAACUUCAAGUAGCCCUUGCUUUCCCUCUCUCUCCAUCCCCUCCCCUCCCCAGUUCUCCCACCGUCUUACUGUCUCCGACUACAUUUUAUCUCUGUCCCGCCCACUCCCCUGACAUCAGUCUGAAGAAGGGUCUCGACCCGAAAUGUCACCCAUUCCUUCUCUCGAGAGAUGCUGCCUGUCCCGCUGAGUUACUCCUGCAUUUUAUGUCUACCUUCGAUUUAAACCAGCAUCUGCAGUUCUUUCCUACAUCAACAAUUGAGGUUGUUGGCUACCAAUAAACCAGCAUGGUUCAAACCAGGUGAAUGUUUCUAAGCCUGUCAUUAGGUUUCAUUUUACAAGUAUUUUACAUAUAAAAUAAGUAUUUAAUCGAAAACCUAUUUGGAUGAAUAAUCCCAAUAACACACUUCCUAAUUGGUACCUUACAAUGUGGUGAGGUAGCAUUUUGAGACUUGUGUUUUAAGACUCGUUCUAAUGGCUGAAUUGGGCAUUUUAAGCGUCAAUCUUGAUUUUUCAGUUUAUAAAUGACCUAAAUGAUAAACUAAUACUUGGCCUAAAGUGCACGUUGAUAAAGUGCAUUAUUUUGUUCAACGGUUACUUCCAGUGAAGUGUGAACCAGGAGAUGUAGGGGAUGUUGCCUUGUUUUCCUCUAUUCUCUGUGAAUGGAUGAGGUUGAAUCACUAACAUACUCGAUGCUGUGGGGCCAAGCUAUCUAUUCCCUUCUCCACUCUCGAAAGCCCUCACCAUCUCAAUGACAAGAUCAACAUGAGACAAACCCAUUCCACCAACCUUCCUCUAUUCAAAGGACUGAUGUUCUCACCAACCCUAUUGCUACAAUUAAUUAUUUCUUAAAUAAGCACAUAUUUUGUCACCAGUGUUUUUUUGUUAUACAAAUAAUUUGUUGGUAUGCAUAUAACAGUUUAUGCACAUUAGAGUCUGUUGUACAUCAAUUUAGUUUUUAACUUUGUAGAGGUGACAGUCUGUUUGGCACAGACAUUGUGGGCCGAAGGGCCUGUUCUUGUGCCUUACUGUUCUGUAGUCCAGUACACCAUACUGGGGCUGAACAUCACAAAAAAUCAUUGCUCCUCAUGUUAAUCAGGGGUCAAUAGGAUUUUAGAUAUUUGGGGAAUCUGUGAACAUGGGAUCAAUGCAAGUAAGUGGCGUUGUGGUAAAUGAUCAACAAUGAUCGAUCUGAGUGAUUAAGGGCGGCACGGUGGCACAGCGGUAGAUUUGCUGCUUUACAACGCUUGCAGCGCCGGAGACCCGGGUUCGACCCCGACUACGGGUGCUGACUGUACGGAGUUUGUACGUUCUCCCCGUGAUCACAUGGGUUUUCUCCAGUUUCCUUCCACACUCCAAAGACGUACAGGAAUGCAGGUAAAUUGGCUUGGUAAACGUAAAAAUUCUCCCUCGUGUGUGUAUGAUGGUGUUAGUGUGUGGGGAUCGCUGGUCGGCAUGGACCCCGUGGGCCGAAGGGCCUGUUUCCGUGCUGUAUCUCUAAACUAAACUGAUAAGGGAUGGGCUUUAUUAGCCUGAUGACCUUUUCCUCCGUUCUCAAUGAUUCUUAUGCUGUCUUGAGGAGAACCAUCGUGCUGAGAGAUCACACAGAGCUCCUGCAAACAUUCAAACAACAAUGAGCUUCUGCUUGACAUGAAACAGCGUAGGGAAGAGAAACAUUUAUCUUCUUUAAACAGUUUCUCCCUCGAUCUCCGCAACCUAUUUAUUGAACCUGGUCAAAGAUAAAUAGCGUCUAUGAAAUGACUGUGGUAAUAAUAUAUAAAAAUGUCAAAUGUAACUUUUAUAUUGUAAAUAUACAGGUUUUUAUGCAAAGAUGAUGUAACGCUUUAUUGACUGGUUUAUUUUAUUCAAUGUGCUGCUGAGACUAAGUUGUUAACAAUAAAGUUUCUCACUUGUGAACAGAUAUGUAGCCCUUGUUUUCUUUUUCUCCUGAACCUGUGUGCUGAAUAAAUGUCACACAUAAGGUCAUAAGUGAAAGGAGCAGAAUUAGGCCAUUCAGCCCAUUGUCUACUUCGCCAUUCAAUCAUGGUUGAUCUAUCUCUCCCUUCUAAAACCCUUUCUCCUGCCUUCUCCCCACAACCCCUGGCAUCUGUACUAAUCAAGAAUCUGUCUAUCUGUGACUGGCCUAGCGGUGGAAGGAGCGUUACCUUGGCUGUGAUAAGCGAGCAGGCAAAGCCAGCAAUUAGCCGAUAAAUCCUGCCUUCAGUGCUGGGUCUGCCCUGAGUAAACUGACUUGCCAGGGGGCAGGGGAGAGGAGGGUAUAACUGCUGCUGCCUCACCACUCCAGGGACCUGGGUUCAAUCCCGGGGUGGUACAGUGGCACAGCUGGCAGAGUUGCUGCCUCACAGCGCCAAAGACCCAGGUUUGAUCCUGACCUUGGGCUCUGAUUGUGUGGAGUUUGCACGUUCUCCCUGUGACCGCCUGGGUUUACCUCCUGGCGGCUCCAGUUUCCUCCCACAUCCCAAAGACGUGUACGUUUGUAGGUUUAUAGGGCUCUGUAAAUUGUCCCUGGUGCGUAGGGAGUGGGAUGAUGUGGAACUAGUGUGAACAAUUUAGGGACAAUUUUACAAUUUUUUCACCUAAACCAAUUAACCUACAAACCUGUACGUCUUAUGGAGUGUGGGAGGAAACCGGAGCACCCGGAGAAAACACACAUGGUCACAUGGAGAACGUAGAAACUCCGUACAGACAGCGACUGUGGUCAGGAUUGAACCCGGGUCUCUGGCGCUGUUAGGCAGCAACUCUACCCCUGCGCCACCGUGCCGCACAGUUCUCCUUGUUCUCCUCUUUGCUCUCCUAAUACCUUUGCAAUCAAGGCAGCAUUCUUUACAACCCCAUCAACAGCAGCAUCCAAAAACCUCCACGUCUUUCCUAUAAUGGGAUGUCCGCAACUGCACGCAAUGCUCCAAACAAAGUCUAAUAGAUAAAUAUGACCAAUUCUUAAGGAGUUGGUCUCCUUCCAUCGACUUUUUGGAAUCAUGUGAUGCAGCGGUACCGUAAAGAUUGCUGAUUUCAGUUCAUGACGCGGAUAGAUCUACAUCUCCGAAUACAGAUUUGAAAAAUUCUCUUUUAAGGGGCCUUCUCUUCUAUUUCUACUUUCCACUUUCUCUCUUCCUUUUUUAUUUUUUAUAUACACACUUCACGUUUUUCUACUCUCUACCAUCUAUUUUUCCACUUUUUCCUCAUUCUAUUGUUUUCUUUUUCUUGUCUUGCUUACUUCCUUCUCAUAACAUAAAACUAGAGGUUGUACAUAGAAUGGAUUACGGUAUUACAUAGUUGGCACCUAAAAUUAGGUUCCACUGUA